GAUGUUUUCAUCAAACGUUCUUCUAGAAUGUCUCCAUUUCUUUCAAAUGAUGCUGUGGUCUUUGUCCUGUUUUAGUUCUUUAGAAAGUUCUUGGUUUUUGUGUAUUUUCUACAGACAAAUGUUAGGAUCUUGGUGUGUUUUAGGCUAGGAGUUGGUUAAGAUUGUUGGAUUUUCUAAUCUUUUUCAGUCUGGUCCUGCUCCAGACCGUCUUCAGAGGAAACAACAUCUCCCAGAAGUCUAAGGGAAGAAACUUUUGCUCCUUUUGUAACAAAUUCAGACGUUUUGCUUCAAAUAAACGACAACAUGUCAUACAUGUCACCAAUUAGCAUUGUUGGCGGUCAUGGAGGAAGUCCAUUUAAUUUUAUUGGUGCAAAAACUGGAGCUCUGCUUAAAAAGCUGGAUGUCUGUGUCGGACCAACCCAAGUGAGAUCUAUAACGGUCCUGAUGUCUGACGAUGUUAAAGAGACAUUUGGGACAUCAAAGGGAGCCAGUGAUAAAAUGCUCUCUUUCGAUUUUGAGGGAGAUGAAUAUUUUUCCGUACUCACUCUUUGGCCCAACAAUAAUGGAGAAUAUCUGGGUGGCAUUAAAUUCAAAACAACAAAGGGAAACACUUUUGAGGCUGUUAUGACAAAUGGAAAACUUUCAAUGCCGCCGACAAAAGUAGAUGUUGGCUCUGGAAUGUGUUUUGGAGUUCAGGGCAGGUCAGGAACCGAAGUUGAUGCACUUGGGUUCAUGUUAAUCAAAGAUCCUUAGUAAGUUCCUAACCGGUUCUAGAGGGCUAGAUGGUGAAACAACAACCUGUGUGGGUUCAGCUUCUUGAUGAGAACAGAAAUCAAUGUGGUUUUCCUGUUAUUGUCACUGGAAUCCAAUGUUUCUGUUGUCCUCAUCAUCUCUUCUGGAAAUGGCAUUCUAUCAGUAAAUCUUGUUGGUGUGGACGCUGGAAAAAGCCCUUCAGUUCAUGUCAAAUCACUGUUUGUGCUCAUCUAGUCUGUAUGAUUUGGAAAAUAAAAACUUCAACCAAA